AUGGAUUGCAGAACUGUGGCUGAACGCCCAGAGUCUCCGGCUUUCCGGCGCUUUGCUGUCAACUAUGGUGCUGCUUUUAGUCUCGAAGGACCUCUAGAGCCUGUUGCAUCGUCAUUGGGACUUCUGACUGGCAAUCUCGCCGAACUGGACCAGCAUGAGAAAAUCUUCUGGGCUUGUGAUAGCUGUGGGCAUAAGUUUCGGACGCUGAAAGCUCGGGAGCUCCACGGUCGACUCUGCGAUGGCGGGUACGAGGCGAAAUCUCGGGCUGCUGCUCCUCCUUUCCAGGUGUAUCUGGAGUCCAUUCAGAUUUGCGUGGUUCCGGGCCGUAACCACGACUGGUUGAUUGCAGUAGCCAUCUGGAUUCUGGAGUACGGUGUCAAUGAGGCGGAAAACUACAAGAUCGACACGGGAAGAUACCUUCUCCACAUGGUAUGCGACGUGCUCGAGUCGCCCGUGGUUCCGCAGAACGUCCUUUUCUGCGGGGGAAAUGUUUUCGACUACCUAGGAGAGGAUUACACACCGGCAGAUCUAGUUUACGAUGCUCUUCGGUCGGAUUGUGGGAGGCUGCACCUUUUCAGGACUUCUGAACGCUGGUACUUCACGGAUCGACACCACAUUGCGUACCCUCCUGUCAGUAAAGAGGGCCUCAAUACGUACGGAGAGGUUUGGGAUGAGCUUUUUGGGGUCUUCGGGAUCCGCAAUAAGGAAAUCCUCGCCCAUCCCGGUGGAAAUAUCUUCGCCCUUUGUGCAACUGACAUCUGGAGCAAAAAUCUGGACAACGCGCUAGGAAGAAUGUGGAACUUGUACCAGAGUUUCCUCUCGCAAGAGUUCUAUCAGACUUAUCCAUGGGUCAAGGAUGUGCUCGCACUUUGCUGGGGAAGAGUCUUUGACCGGGGGUUCUCGACCAUUUCUGAUAGCCCUAAAGCAAAGCAUUGUGCAGGAAUUUAUGGCUUCAGAUUCAAGCUUGAACUUGGACUGGCUAUGAUUUUUCCCGCCAUGGCCGAGAGCGGCUCGCCAGAUUUCGGCAUUGUAGUCGCUACAAAGUACGACUACCCGGAGAUCUCGAACUACUCCAUGCCCCAUGGAUUCAAUUGCUCGCAUCUUAAAAAGCUGCUGUUCAAGAAGGCUCCUGUUGUGAUCAACACGGAGAUGAAGGGGCACUUGUCCGACGGCACGUGUCUUUGCUUUCUACAAUACAUCAUCCACAAUUACGAACGUCUACCAAAGAUGAGUCUUUCCGUCGAAGAACAAGCAGGCAAAGAGCUUGAACCAUCACCAGCCCAGUUUAAUUGGCUUCUGAACAACAAGGAGUCGGUCGAGUUCCAGAGCUGGCCCAAGUGUGCGGAGGAGCCAUAUACGGCCACAAUGUAG